AUGGCAGACCAGGCUGCCGCCGCGCUGGACUCCUCUCCGGCCCCGACCCCGUCCCCAGGCUCCCCCCGGCGCGGGGACACCGAUGGGUUCACGCCGCUCCCCACCGACCCCAAGGAGGACAACGGCACCCGGGAUGGCUGCGGGCUCGUUCCCACCGGGGACAGGGACACGAAACGUGCCCCCUCUCCCCAGCCCGGGGGGACGAUGCUCCUGGCUGAUCUCCCACGGGCUCCCCAGCCCCGGUUCAGCCCGGCCAAGUCCCGCACAGCCCCGUCCUCCCCGAGCGUCUCCCCCUCGGAGAGCCGGGCUGCCCUGCUGCGGCUGCGGGAGGCCAGGCUGGAGGACACCAAGAGGCGGCUGUCGGAGGCCGGGCGGGAGCCGCUCAGCCGGCUCAGCCGGCUCAUGGCCGAGGAGAGCAGCCCUGCGCCCCGGGGGAAGGCGGGUGCCGGGGGGCCGGAGGAGGGGGGCAGCCCCGGGGCUGGGGGACGCCGGGUGAGGGACUGGAGCCCUUGGGAGCCCACCCUGAACUGCCGCUAUGAGAUCUGCUCCUACGGGGACAUGAUCCAGGUGGUGGAGGUGGCUCAGCCGGACGCAGAACCGCGGCUGCCCGCCCCCGAGGAGCCGCCGGCGGCACAACCGGGGGCCGCGGUGCCGGGCAGGGCUCUGGUUUCCAUCGCCCUCCUGGCCUACGGCUACUUCAUCCUGCCACUGCCCCCCUACGCCGCGGGGCUCUGCCUGGGGCUCAUCUGCGGGCUGCUGCUGGGCUUCCUCGCCAUCCUCCUCCUCAUGCCAAAGCUUCCGUCGGUGGCACAGGGACCACGGGGCCACCCGCGCCCCAAGCUGAUCCUGGGGGAGCCGCAGGAAACCCAUCACCUCCAGGUAGGAGAGGUGUGGUCCAGGAUGGGGUGCUGGGUGGAGGGGAGCCCGGGGCUGGGGGUGCAGCCCCGAGGGGGUGCCAAGCCCAGGCGGGAGCCGGUUGCGCACAGCGGGAAGCAGCCGGCGCCCUCUGCCCCUACCCAGGGCUGGAUGAACCAGCUGCACAGCUACGACCCUGAGCUUUUCCACCCCUCGCUGACGCACUCGGUGCUCGCCACGCUGGAUGGGGCCACCCUCAAGCUCUCCUACCCCAAGAGCAACAUCCCACGCCGAGCCACAUUCGAGGAGGAAAUCCUGGACGCCGUCUUCGUCAGCCACCGCUGCUACGACCUGACUGAUGCCAAAGUCUUGCUCUGCCCCCCCAGCCUGGCCCGGAAGAGGACGUGGAACAAGAAAUACCCCAUCUGCAUCCUCCUCCCCGACCCAGCAGAGGUGGAGUGCAGGAGCAGUGAGGAGCACAACCCGGAGCUGCAGAGGGAUGAAGGGAUGAAGAAGGGGCCAGUGCCAGGGCAGGAUGUCCCAGGGGAUUCCAGGGAGAGGUGUUUGUACCUGUUUGGGCGGACAGGGAGGGAGAAGGAGGAGUGGUACCAGCACCUCGUGCGAGCGGGACCAGGGACACCCAGCAGCACCCAUGGUGAAGGCAGGGCAGGCACGGGACUGGCUCCACAGAGCAGCGGCAGCAGCAGCGGAGGGAGCGCCGAGGACAUCCCCUCUGCCAUCCCACCCAAGGACCUGGCAGGAAGUGUCCAACAGAUUUUCCUGGAUUACAGCACCUACAUGGCCCGAUUCGUGCCAGCGCAGGCAGGGGGCAGCCCGGACCACAGCCCCUCUCAUGGAGUGAGGAGCAGCCCCACACCCACCAAGCUCGGCGAGGAGCAGGCCGGGCACGGGGAGACAUCCAUGGCCUGGAUGAACGCCCUGGUGGGACGCAUCUUCUGGGACUUCCUCCGGGAACAGUACUGGGCAGAGCAGGUGUCCAGCAAGAUCCAGAAGAAGUUGAGCAAGAUCAAGCUCCCAUAUUUCAUGAAUGAGCUGGCACUGACAGAGCUGGACAUGGGCACAUCCAUCCCCUCAGUCCUCAGUGCCUCCAACCCCACUAUGGAUGACCGAGGGCUCUGGGUGGACAUGGAGGUCACCUACAGUGGCUCAUUGCAGAUGACACUGGAGACAAAGAUGAACCUCUGCAAGCUGGGGAAGGAGAGUGCUGCAGAGGAGAGCGGCCAGGCAGAGGCAGGCGGAGAGGGCCACAUCAGCGGCAACAGCACGAGCCGGAAGAUCCUGCGCUUUGUGGACAAGAUUGCCAAGUCCAAGUAUUUCCAGAAGGCCACUGAAAACGAGUUCAUCAAGAAGAAGAUCGAGGAGGUUUCCAACACGCCGCUGCUGCUGACGGUGGAGGUGCAGGAGCUGGCAGGCACCUUGGCUGUGAAUAUCCCACCACCACCCACGGACCGUGUCUGGUACAGCUUCCGAGUCCCGCCCCAGCUGGAGCUGAAGGUGCGGCCGAAGCUGGGCGAGCGGGAGGUCACGUUCCUCCACGUCACCGAGUGGAUCGAGAAGAAGCUGCAGCACGAAUUCCAGAAAAUCUUGGUGAUGCCAAACAUGGAUGAUCUCAUCGUUCCCAUCAUGAGCUCAGGCCUGGAUCCUCAGACUCCUGCUGGAGGAAUUCCCAGGGACCUACCAGCCAAGGGAGAGAAGAGGCUUUGA